UCAAUCGAACACGGUUAAAGUCCAGUUUUUCCUCACUCAACUGCAGUUUAGUUUAUUACCUUCGUUGAGAGUAGACGCCUGAGGCUUUUCACAGCUCGAUUUCAAGAUGAAGAUAGCCGUAGCAGUUCUUCUAGUCUGUGUGGCUGCACCACAAAUUUUCGGAUUCUCGCUCCCCUCUUUCGAGUAUGGCGAAGCUUUUGAAAAAGCCAAAGAAAUUGGACAGGAAGUUUUUCAGGAGGUUGGUAGACGCACUGAAGAGAAAAAGAACUCAUUGCUAGAAUCGGGAGAACAAGCGGUGGAAAAGUUGAGGCAGAUGAAAGAAGAGAUCAGCAGGCGCGCUGGGGAAGUGCAAGAAACUGUGGAAGGAUCUGGAAUGGAAGCGGCAGAGAAGUUGAGGGAACUGAAAGAUCAGGUAGCCCAACGUGCCCAGAAACUAAAAGGAAGCGUUGAAGAAACUUUGGAAGAGAAGAAGAAAUCUCUCCAGGAAACAGGAGAACAAGCUGCUGCGAAGCUGAGAGAACUUGGAGAACAGGCCACCAACCGUGCUGAGGAGAUGAAACAAACACUGCAAGAAACAGGAGAACAAGCCAAGGAGAAGUUCGAAGAACUGAAAGAACAGGCAAGCCAACGUGCCGAGGAAAUGAAGGGAAACGUGGAAGAAAUGGUGGAGGAAAAUAAGAAAAAAUUUCUCGAGAAUGGAGAACAAGCCAUGGAGAAGUUGAGAGAACUGAAAGAACAGGCAAGCCAACAGGCCGAGGAAAUGAGAGGAAACGUGGAGGAAAUGGUGGAGGAAAAUAAGAAAAAGUUGUUUGAGAAUGGAGAACAAGCCAUGGAGAAGUUAAGAGAACUGAGAGAACAGGCAAGCCAACGUGCCGAGGAAAUGAAAGGAAACGUAGAGGAAAUGGUGGUCGAGAACCAGAAAAAAUUAUUUGAGAAUGGAGAACAAGCCAUGGAGAAGUUGAGAGAUAUGAAAAAGAAAAUCUGGAAUGAAAUGAAACAGAACGCUGGCACAAACAAAGAGCAGCUGCUGCAAGCCUUCCGUCAGAAGAAACAAGAAAUGAAAGAAUACUGGGGCGAGAUAAACAAGCAAGCUGGCGAGGGCCAAGAAAAAUUCAGGAAAAUCUGGAGGGAGAACAAAGACAAAUUGCGUGAAAAGGCAGAGGAGCAAUGGGUGAAGUUCACUCAAAUGACCACUGAACAACUCGAACAAGCCAAAUCGGAAAUUACUGAUCUUGAAGAAAGACUGGUCUCCAGCCUUCCCGAGAAACCUUGGAAACAAUUGAAAGACAUAAAAACGACUGUCAAGGAUGUCAUAAAGUCUCUGGCAGAAAUUCUGAAUGUAAAAGUACGACAACUGCAACCCGAGGAGCCUGAGCCGACAGAAAUUCCGUUCACCGGUGAGCCAAGCGAAGCUCCGAUCACCGGCGAGUUCAGCGAAAGCAAUGCCGCCGAUGGCGGUGUCGGAAAAAAAGAAGAAGAGCCCCGUUUUUUCUCGCGCCUCCUGUCCGAGCGCAAAAAACGCAAAAUGAAGCAGAUCUUGAAGCAAGGAAGAUCCUCCCUGUGGAAGUUGUGGAAAAAGAGCAGAGGUCUUAACUAGGAGAAAAAUCAGCCUUGAGGUUCUCGCCUUGUUUUUUCACUCAUAACGUUUUGAUUUACAUAGUUAAUUUAUAUAUACAUAUUAUUUCAUGGGGUUCCAUGGGUUCAAUAUAGGUAUAUCUGAUUAUGAACAGUUCUGAGGCACUCUUGUCCCAAUUGAUGCCUACUGAGGAGCAAAUUACGCGACGAAGCAUUUAUGAAUUUUGGUGAACUCUUUGUUGCAGUUGUAAACACGUUUUCGAUCUUUUUGUUUUUGUUUUUUUUGGGUGGGUUUCUCGUCAUCAAGUGUCGUCCUCUUUGCCGACGACAACGAGCUCGGUGAUUUUCUCAGUCUUAUUUUGUAUCUGCGAUAAAGUUCUUAAGGGGAUCGAAUAUUAACCGUGAAAUUUCGUGUUUGAGUCGAAAACUUUCUUUGAUCAAAUAAAGACAUUUUGAAAUAUAAAA